AUGAGUUACGGGAAGCGUUAUCAAAAUUUAAAUCCUUAUGACUUGCAUAAGAUUUUAAUAAACGAUUACCUGCUAUCAGUUAAAGGAAAAACAUCGUUGCUUAAAAGAGACACAACAAAUGACAAACGAGAUAUAGACGUAAUCAAAGAAAACCACCAAUUCUUAUGGAAUGAAACAGAAGAUGUUUCAACGCUUUCUUGGGAAAAAAAAUUAGCUAAACAAUAUUACAAUAAAUUAUUUAAAGAAUAUUGUGUUGCAGAUAUGUCUAGAUAUAAAGAAAAUAAAAUUGGUCUAAGAUGGAGAACGCAACAAGAAUUAAUAAAUGGAAAAGGUCAAUUUAGUUGUGGAAACAAAAAGUGUUCAGACCAAAAUGAUUUGAGAACCUGGGAAGUUAAUUUUGGUUACAUGGAAAAUAAUACUAAAAAAAAUGCUUUGGUGAAAUUGAGUUUGUAUUACAGAGAUAAUAAUUUCAACACCAAUCUAGACGCAAAGAAAUUUUCUGAUUUUAAAUCUACCGAUUCAAAAAAUACAACCCAAAAUAAUGAAACUCAUAUUAAUGAUGUAAAUGCUCCAAGCAGUAGUGGUACUGAUUCUAAAUCAAGUACGGAUGAAAAUACUGUAUGGAAGCAAACUCAGGAGCCUAAUAAUGAAAAAUCUAGAGAACAAGAAUUUGAUGACUAUCUUAACUAUCUCCUGUUGUAA